AUGUCUAAAGGUAUCAAAUACCUAUUGAUCUCUCUACCAACUUCAAUAUCACCUUCAGGUGAUCACGAUGAAGCUUUGACAGCUCUCCGCUCCUCCGUUACGAAUGACUACGGCUCCGUCUUCCCUUUCCCAAUCCCAGAAUUCAAGAUCGGCUCUCUAGAUGCUCUCGUACAGCAAGCCGACGAUUUUGCCAAGCUUGAAGGAGCAUGUGAAGGUGUCGUGAACAAAGUUGGAGAUUCAUUGAGGAGCAUACUUGGCGGGGACGAGGAAAAGAUAGCGCAGCUCAAAACCGUCAAUGAUAAACCUGCUGAUGCCUAUCUCAAAUCUUUCCACUGGAACAAGGUCAAAUACAGGGCAGACAAACCCUUGGGCGAACUCGUUGAUACUUUUCAAAAGGAGAUCCAGAGCAUAGACAACGACGUCAGAAAUAAAUACAACCAAUACAAUCAGCUCAAGACAUCUCUUGCGAAUCUCGAAAAGAAACAAUCAGGCAACCUAUCAAACAAAUCCCUCUCCAACGUCGUCGAUUCUUCUAAGAUCAUCCAAGACUCCGAAUACCUCGAGACACACCUCAUCGCCGUUCCCAAACAGCUGAUCAAAGAUUUCCUGAAGAGCUACGAAAGAUUAUCACCCAAAGUUGUACCCCGCUCGGCCCAGUUGAUUGACUCGGAUGAUGAGUUCUCUCUAUACGCAGUCGUAACAUUCCGGAAAAACAGUCCAGAAUUCGUACACAAAUGCAGGGAACAUAAAUGGACGCCUCGAGACUUCAAGUUCAAGGAUGGUGGGCGGGAGGAGGAGCAGAAAGAGGUGGAAAAGGUCCGAAAGGAUGAGAGUAAGGUCAGAAAUGAGGCAUUACGGCUGGGACGGACGGCGUGGGGGGAAGCCGUCAUGGCUUGGGUACAUGUGCUGGCAUUGAGAGUCUUCGUGGAGACGGUCUUGAGAUACGGACUCCCUCUCAAUUUCGUGUGUGGAUUGGUCAGGACGACGCCAAAGCUAUUCAAAAAAGCAAAGGCAUCACUCGAUGUUGCAUAUUCACACCUCGGAGGCAACGCCUUCGGCAGAGAUAAGAAGGGGAGAAUAGUGAAGGACGACUCGGCCAUGUCUGCUGACAUGCAGGCAGCUGGUCACAUGGGCGAUGGAGGCGACUAUUCAGCGUAUGUAUGCUACGAAAUUGAGAUACAAUGA